GUAAAAUUUCCAAAUAGUUCAUACUUCAUAGCUGACUGUAUUAACUCUGCUGCAAUUGGCGCUUAGUAUAUAAACAUAAAUCAAAAACUAUCCAUAGCAUUUUUGAAGAAUUGUGUUUAGCAUGUUAUUUUGAUUUGAGAUAUAUAGUAUUACAACCAGGAAAAAGUUUAAAGGAGUAGUAUAUCUAUAUAGUAUCCGUAAGACCACAAUUUAAUACCUAUACAGUUGUGGCAUAUGCUGUUUAUGACUAGCGCUUAAUUAUUGAAGUUUGCCCUAAACAGCGAAGUUGUCUAUUCUACUUGUGAAAAAAUGGCAAAUUCUUUCUUGCAAGACGAAUGCAAAGGGAUGUUUGGAUCUAUAUCGAAAAAAAUUGAAGCUGAGUGCGACAAUUUUGAAUCCGUGAAUACGUUGAAUUUAAUAAAGAAAAAGUUUCUGGAUGUUCAGCGUCAUUUUCCUAAUAAUGUCUACAACGAAGAUGAUUCAAUUUUUUCAGGGAAGAGUGAAAUCAGUGCAGACGAUGAAUCCGAAAAAAUAAAAGCAUACCUGGAGCACUCGAAAGAAGACAGUGGAUAUGAAACAUUUAAACUAUUCGAUUCACAUGAAAAUCAAUCAUCAGCAACGUUCGACUCUGCAAUUGCGAAAUAUUCAACAAAUUAUCUAUAUAAGCAAGAAUGGAAGCUUGAUCAGGACGAAUAUACCUACUGUGCAAAGAGGCUUAGAACUUCGGCAAUCAAUGAAACAACAUUCUACGAGUUUGGAGAUGCGGAGUCGUGUGAAGAAACCGUGAAGAAUUACACCGAUAUAUUACUUGCACAUGUCACAAAAGCUUUAAUGAAUCAAGAAAAAUUUACCUCUGAGAUAGAAUUAGAAAUAAGUGUAUUAGUUUCUUCUGCGGAGAAAAGCCUUAUUUCGGAGAAGGAUCAAUUUCUUCGAAGUUCGGAAAAGUCUCAUGUUCUCUUAGAAGAGACGUUCGAACUUCUUAGCAAAAGCCAAGUAAAAAAGUCAAUGAGUCGAGAGAAUGGGACAUAUUUGAUGCAAAAAUUGUGUGACUCUCCAGUCAUUUGCGAAAAAAUAAUUGCUCAUCUGAUAAAAAAGGUUAAAGAUCACACACUUCACAAUAUUGAAUGCGUGCAUGAACUACGCUUUUCAGUCCACCUUUUAGAAAUUGGGCUACAUAAAUUUCGAAAAUUAGGCAAAAACUUGGUACAAAAAGAAAUAGAAGAGGAAUCUUACAAUUAUUAUAAGAAAAAUCGGAUUCUCGCGUUGACUAGUGAAAAUUAUAAAAAAAUAAUGGAAAACUGGAGGAAACAAUUAGAAGGCCUUCCUAAAAUGAAUUGUAAUCAGAUUCAAUCUAUCGUAAAUAAGUGUAUAAAGCAUGUUUAGUAUUUAUUAUUUUUCCUUAAUUCGCAAUCAAUUAGUAAUUGCUUCAGCUGAUGACUUUACAUUUUUUUAUUGAAGAUUAUUAUUGCCAUCAAUCCAAUAUUUUGCUUGAAUAAAACGUGUCUAAAAUAUAA